UUGGGUGUUAAAGUGUGUGUGUGUGUGUAUCCCAAAAUAUUCGUGGCGGAGGAUACUGUCCGCGUCCAGGAAGGAAAGUCAGGUCCAUCACUUUAGUCAACGGCGUCACCAUUGUCUAUGGCACGUUACUCUUUUUUUUUUUUUUGAAAAAAAAAUUAUUCUCAUAGGAGAUGAAACAAAUUGAAGAGGCUUGAAUUUCACUUUUUUUUUUUAAAAAAAAAAACAAUAUUGCUGUUUUGGCGAAUUGUAAUUAAUAGAAUAGUCAUUCACAUUACAUUCUAUUUUAUUUAAAAUAUCUAUAUAUUGAGGUGGAUUUGACAUCUGAUUGCGUUAAAAUAUCCUGGUUUGUGAUUGAGGAUUUGUUGUUAUUAAUUUUACCUUGUUGACUUUAGAUGGAAACUUUAUAUGCCUGCAAUUAUAUAGAUCCCAUCAUCCGUUUGAAAUAUCCUUGUUUGAUUUUAGAUGCAUUGUCCUGUGUGUUGCCGCAACUUUGAUUUUGUGAUAGUUUUUGGUUUUAUUUUCUUUUUUUUUUGAUAUUGUAGCGAGUAACAUUACAGUUGUGAAAGAAGUUGAAGCAAUAAUGGAUCCAGCAGCUUUCACUGUUGUGAGAUUUGUUGUAUCUGCCAUUCCAUUCUUGCUAUUUGCAUUGCAAGCAUAGGAUGAUGUUCGGACCCGUAGUGCAGUGAUAGAGUUGGGGUUCUGGGUUUGUCUAGGAUACCUAAGUCAGCACUUGGGCUGCACACAUCAGAUGCUGGUCGUGCAUCAUUUAUAUUAAUGUUCACUGUAAAUUUCUUGAUCAGCCUCUACGUUGUGUCUCAAUCCAAGGUUUUUUUUCUUGGUUUAGUUGGUAACUGUACUUAAAAGAUACAAAAUUGGGCAUAUGUUUUUGUGUAUAAAUUGAUUAGGUAAUUGUGGUUCCUUUGCUUGAUGGUAUGCUAGGAGCAACAGUUCCUGCACAUACCUGGUUUGGAGCUCUCAUGUCCAUUGGAGGCCUUGCAAUUCUGGAAUCCAGUGGAUCUCCUCCCAGUAACGGAACAUGUAUGGAGAACCACAAAUAGAAAGAACUUAUUACCUCUUCUUGGAUACAAGGUUUGGUGGUGUCCAAACUUGUGAUCCGCCAUCAUGGAAGUGGGAAAUGGUAUGGCAUUGGAUGACUGCAUUUCCAUGGAUACCGUCACUCUGCACUGGCAUAUUCUCAACUGGUUUGUGCUUAUGGAGAGAGCAUAAAGCAACAGAAACUGCAAUCAUUUAUGGUUUGGAGUCAGUCUGGGGUUCUGGAUUUACAUGGUUUCUUCUUGGUGAAAGGAUGGGGGCUGCUCCUGUGCUUGGUGGAAGCCUAAGGGUGCAUAUAUUUGGAUCAUCUUCUCUGUUGUAUCUGGAAAAUACGAAAAGAGAAGUGAGAAAGGUGAUCAUCUUCUCUGUUGUAUCUGCAUAUAUUUGGGCCGGUUCCAGAAAAGAUGUUCCCAACACAGUUAAGACACAGCAGUAACCCUCUCACUCACUCACUUCCCCCUCAAAUCUUGUAUCAUUUAUUUCUAAUGUAAUUGAAUUUAAUUAUAGUGUUUAAUUUGAAUUUAAUUAAUAAAUAAAUUAAAUUUAUAUGUUUAAAAGUGAUCAA